AGAGCUGCAGGCUGCGACAGAGAGCCACGGUUAUAGUGAGCCUGUGCAAGUCGGGGAGCAGCAGCAUGCUUCUUGUGCGCGUAGUUUUAAGUUUCUAGGUAAUAACUGAGCGAUAAAGGCGUCUUCAAACGUGCCCACAAUAUAAGGGGACGCACUUUACUUGCAGUUUAUUUAUUUUCCAGCUUAUUCAUUUUCCAGCUGACGUGGGAGCGGGAGAGCGCGGACUGGACUGCUGGUUGGACAUCACUGUGAGGAUAGGAGAUGCGUUGACCUGCUGGGAUUUAAAGACAUCUACGUUAUUUUGUCCAAUCAGGCAAGACUCCUCGGUUGUCUCCUCUGUGCACGGACUAGGCUACACACUCAGAGCGAUGACUGUACUGAAUUGUCCACCGGCUCUCUGUAAUUUCUCCAGCGAAACCAGCCUCACCGCCACCCGCCCUUAAAAUAAAGCUGCUGUGAAACAAGUCAGCAGCGUCGCCGUUGUCUAACAGCUGGGAUUUACACUUUACAAUGUCUUGAGACGAGACGGGGAAGCUACAAAGAUGAUGACAGAUUAUCGGGAGGAUGGCAUGGACCUGGGGAGUGAUGCAUCCAGUCGCUCCAGCUCAGAGUCCAACUCCAACAAGGUAACACCUUGCUCUCCUUCUCUUGACCUGGCCACUUUGGAGGACUACAAAUCCUCCCCCUCUCUGGAACUUGUCACCUUAGAGGACUACGAGGAGGACGAGGACUACCAAGAGUAUAAGAAGAAGGUGAUAGAGGAGUGGGAGAGUGAGUAUGGAGAGGGCUACACCUCUCCAAAGCGUCCUGGUCAGGAGGAAGUUGGAGGAGGCGUUGUUGGGGAGGACAUUCUUGGUGACGGCUACAGGAAGACAGUGAACAGUCGCAGCCUCGCUGAAGAAUUGGAGGAUGUGAAGACUGUCCCGCCCCCCCCGGCUUCCAGUGGACACACUGCCACCUCGGUCGCAGCCGUCCCAGAGGAACUGAAACAGAACGGCAAUCUGAUUUUGCCUAGGAGCCACCAGCUCAGCUCCCCCGGUACACCACGGAGCAGCACAGGGACUCCUAAGCCCCGCCACCGCAGCUCCAGCAAAGGCAGAGGGAGCCGCAGCACUGCCGGGGGUGGUGGUAGUGGAGGAGGAAGCAGUGGAGGGACUGGGGGACGGAUGGGGGGAUACAAAGAGGACGAGAUUGUAGAGGAGGAGCCUUUGCCCACCAUGGACUGGGCAGCCCUUGAGAGGCACCUGGCUGGGCUGCAGUGCAGAGAGCAGGAGAACCAGAACCUCAACCACAACCAGAACCACAUCAUGGGCAAGACCAACUACACCUCCGUAAAAAAGUAUGAGAGAGAAGAGGUGGACAGAGAGAGGUGA